AGUCAGUGGGAUGCAGCAACACAGAUGGCAGGGAUUGCCUGCUCUUUGGCUUCGUGGAACUCAGGUCUCAUGAUUCUCCAUGGGCCAUCCCACAUCCUGCUCAAGCAUCAGAGGAUGAGGCAACCCAUUUCCCUCCUUUUUUAAAAAAGAACCCCAUAGCUGGUUGUGCAGUCCGGAGACCAGUCUCAGAAAGACCAUGUGGGGCUUUACUGUUUGCAUUUUCUCCCUGCUUGCUGGUGAGUGUCUUUGGAAAUAUUUUUUAAAAUGGUUGGAGUUUGUACAUAUGGGCUUCCAGGCUCUCUGUAGCUCUAGUGGGUAGGCAAACUAAGGCCUGGGGCCCAAUCACCUUCUAAAUCUGGCUCGCGGAUGGUCCGGGAAUCAGCGUGUUUUUAAACGAGUAGAAUGUGCCCUUUUAUUUAAAACGCAUCUCUGGGUUAUUUGUGGGGCCUGUCUGGUGUUUUUACAUAAGUAGAAUGUGUGCUUUUAUUUAAAAUGCAUCUCUGGGUUAUUUGUGGGGCAUAGGAAUUCGUUCAUUUCCCCCCCUUCAAAAUAUAGUCCGCCCCCCCUCCAAGGUCUGAGGGACAGUGGACUGGCCCCCUGCUGAAAAUGUUUGCUGACCCCUGCUCUAGGAGCUUGGCUACAGAUAGUCUCUUCAUCUGGUUUGAUGCUUGUUGGAGACUCAGCUCAUGAACGCCACUCUCUCUAUACAGUGGUACCUCGGGUUACAUACGCUUCAGGUUACAGAUUCCACUAACCCAGAAAUAAUACCUCGAGUUAAGAACUUUGCUUCAGGAUGAGAACAGAAAUUGUGCUCCGGCAGCACGGUAGCAGCAGGAGGCCCCGUUAGCUAAAGUGGUGCUUCAGGUUGAGAGCAGUUUCAGGUUAAGAACGGACCUCUGGAACUACUUAACCUGAGGUACCACUGUACUGCCUUGAACAGGUAGGGCCAUAGCUCAGUGGCUCGGUACAUACUUAGGGAGCAAUCCAAACCCAAUAUACCUUGGGAUGAGUGAAGUUUGGAAAGGGGAGAUCUCCAGCUGGGCUAAGCCAGGGCUAUGCCAGCCAAAGUCCUACAUCCUAACUCAGCUAGAGAUUCACUGGUUUAAGUCCUCCAUCCUGGCUCAGCCUUCUCAACCAGGGCUCAACCAAAGCAGGGGUAAAUCUAAAAGAAAGAAAAAGAAGGGGGGUGUUUCAGGGGUGUGGCCAAAAGAGAACAAGGGGAGGCUUAUCUUUAUUCCAAACUUGAUUGUUCACCUGUAAAGCUCUGAUAUUGUGAUGGACAUUGAAAAAAACGUGUUCUGCAUUCCUUUCUUUUCCUCCGAUUACUUUCCUUGUUGUGUUGUUCGGAAGCUUAAAAAUAAAAAUUACUGAAAAGAAGCACCUGAAAUAUCUUGAAAAAACUUCUCUGCCUGAGACCAUGGAGAGCAUCUGCAAGUCAGAGUAGGCAGUCUAGAGGUUUAAUGAACUAACUCAGUAUACGGCAGCCAUGUGUGAAUGCGGCUGAUGGCUUUGCCCACUGUCUACUUCUUGUGCUCCAACAAGAUAUUUGGCGGAUAGUUUUUAAUGAUAAUUGAUUCUGAAAAAAAUAUGAUCCUUCUUUAAUUGGUGCUAGAACCUAUUUGUUUAUUUCAUAAAAUUUAUACACCGCACGAUAGUUGCUAGGUUCAUGGGGCAAUCAGAAUAAGGGCCACUAACUGACGGCAGAUUCAGGACUUUAAAUUGUGCUCUUAUAUCAAAUUUCCUUUUCUGCGUAUACUGUAAUGUUUUACUGUUGCUAUGGCCAUUGGCUAAUGCGAAUAAAGUUUUAUCUCUCUAUCAUCUCGAAAUGGUUUACAAAAGAUGUAAAAUCAAGAAAAAAAUGCAACCCUACCUUAAAACAUACGGAAGUUGGAAUACGAAAACAGAUGGAAAUGACCUUGACUUUCUAAGCAUCUGGGUAGGCUUGUCUCAACCGGAAUGGUUUUAGUAGGUGUUGAAAAGAGUACAGCGAAGGCACCUGCUUAAUCUCAAGAGGCAGGGAGUUCCAAUGUCUAGGUGCUGCCACACUUUUUACCAAUGUGGAACGGGUAUUAUGGGGCACCUAUAAUAGUGCCAAUUCGAGUUAAUACAUAGAGAGGAAGGGCACCCUGACACAGAAUCAUAGUAUUGUCAAGUUGGAAGGGACCUCGAGGAUCGUCUAGUCCAACCCCCUGCAAUGCAGGAAUCUUCCACCCAACAUGGGGCUUGAACCCAUGUCCCUGAGAUUAAGCGUCUCAUGCUCUACUGACUGAACCAUCCCUCAGUGCUAUAACCAAACUCUUUGUGUGGGAUUCGGCUAGCUGUCUUCUAGUGGUUUGAAAGUUCAUUAGCUUACAUCUCAGCUCAGCCCUUUACUCAUGAGGUGACCUUAACCAAGCUGCUUCUAUCAGCUUUAGCCUCUCCCCUGCCACUCCCAAGUACAGUGGUACCUCGGGUUAAGUACUUAAUUCGUUCCGGAGGUCCGUUCUUAACCUGAAACUGUUUUUAACCUGAAGCACCACUUUAGCUAAUGGGGCCUCCUGCUGCAACCGCACAAUUUCUGUUCUCAUCCUGAAGCAAAGUUCUUAACCUGAAGCACUAUUUCUGGGUUAGCGGAGUCUGUAACCUGAAGCGUAUGUAACCUGAAGUGUAUGUAACCUGAGGCAACUUUACACUAGUGUUAUCAGGAUUAAGGAAAUAUCAUAUAAACAUACACAUUUAAAGCACCCCCUGUCCCCGGUCCAAAGAAUCCUGGGAACUGUAGUUUUUUUUAAGGCUGCUAGGGAUUGCUGCUUGGUGAGGUGCAAACCAUAGUUCCCAGGAUUCUUUAGACAAGGAGUGUGUUUUAAAUGGGAUUUAAAUGUGUGGUAUGUAUGGAGCCAUAGUUUAAGAGGGAUCUUGUUUCAGCAAGUGCUUGUCCUUAUGUAGCUGAAACAGUGCCAGCUAUGUCAAAGAGGGAGGUAACUUCUUCAGGGGAAUCCCAAGGUUUACAGAAGUACAAAAAAAGAGAGAAACCGUAAGAGGAACCUUCCUCCCCACCCCCUAUUGAGGACUGAGCAUGCUCCAUGGCUGUUCUAGAGAAGUGGGGAACCAAUGGAAAGCUAGUGCAAUGGGAGAAUGGAACGGACUACCUGGAAAAAGGCCAGUGUGCCAGCCAUGAAAAAGGAGCUCCCCACGCUGCAACAUUUUGUUGCAGGUCCCGCUUAGUAUUUGUCACACAGUAUGCCUUGUGGAUGAGUGGGGAUCCCAACCCCAGUCUCCUCAGCCUAAACCCAACACCCAAAUUGCUACUCUCUUGAGACCGUGCAUGCAAACGGCUUUGAACACCCGUGCAACGUGCAUAAAGUCAUGUUGCUGUUAUGGGUGGCGACGGUGUUGUCAUGUGCCUUCAGCUUUGUGCCGAUUUAGCUGUGCAAAGCUGAGGUUAAGCUAAGGGGGUUGUGGGUCUGUCUUACGUGGGGGGAGAGGGUCCCCUUCUCAAAGCUGUUCUUUGCAGAGUGUGACGGGGGGUUUGCCCAUGUGUCGGAGGAACUGAAACUGCUAGCGGUGUCUGUAUUCGUGUGUGUCUGGUGGGAGGAAAGGGGGUGGGAAUGCAAGAUGGUGAGGCAAGAGGAAGUCACAGCAGCUGACAGGAAAACUAUAUGCACUGUAACCACCGCUCUUUCAGCCUUCACACAUUCUAGUGUCCCAGAUAACCUCUCCCUUUCCUUCAAUGCAUCUAGUCCCCAGAAUUCACAGCUUGUCCUCAUCCCACAAAAUAAAUAGAGGCGAGGAACCUCAAACUCAGGGGCCAAAUGCAGCACUCUGGGCCUCUUUACCUGAGCCUCAGGAGUCUCCACAGGUGAGACCUCUUCUCCAGGCCCCAUCCUCUCUGCCUAGGUUGUCCCCCUCACUUGUCCUGUUCUAUGAUCUUGUCAAAGACCCAGAAUUGUGGCGAUGCUUCUCACUUGGUGGCCUGCAUGGACCCCUACUAUGGAUAGCUCAGUUGGUUGGAGCAUGGUACUGAUAAUGUGGGAAUGUUCAGGGCGGCAGGAGAGGAUAUAUUGUUUAUCAAUAUCCUUCUGAACUUGCGUUACCAAGUUCCUUUACUCAGCAGAGUUUACAUUCCCCUUCUAACACACAGCAGAUAACUGAUUGCAGGCUUGUGUAAGCCUCUCGCUAUCAUACAGAUCAGUAUUGAAUUGUAUGUUCCUGGUAAGUUCCCUUUUAUCCCUCUUAAAAAGAAUAAAGGCACGGCAAUCUUAUUUAAAGUCAGUAAAAGUUGUUUACUCACAUCAGUUCACAGUUGGAUCCCUGAAGGCAGACUUCGUUACAAAUAUGUACAUGUGGAUGUACCCCAUAUGGGGGGUUAACCCCAGUGCUUCUGCUAGCUGGGAAGCUAGCAUUUCUAGCUGGUCCAACAACAAAGAAAGUGAAAAAGAGAGUGGCAGCAUGCCUUGGCCUUUUGUUACCUGGGCAGGUAAGGUCAUGCCCACCUCUAGUCACAUGCAAAAGGAAGGAUGUUCCAGCCCAGGAGGAAACAGGAAGUUCCGACUGGCUGGACCAAACAUCCCCUUGCAUGCCCACUCUAGGAAAACAAGGAAUGUUGUAUUUGACUGCUCCCAGUGGAUUAUAUCCCACAGAUAAUGCCAGUGUUGCAGGUUCUGUCCCUGACAGCUGCAUAUUCCUGCAUUGCAGGGGGUUGGACUAGCUGUUCCUCAGGGUUCCUUCCAACUCUAUGAUUCUAUGAAACAUAUAUCCAUUACUCUGAGCAUGUUUUUGCCUUUGGCCUUGCCAGCCAAUAAUAUGCGGACCCCAGAAAGAUGCUCAAGAGGGAAUGCAGGCCUCAAUCUGAAAGUACUUCCCCAUCAUUGCAUGAGAAAUCAACUACUUGCAACUGCACCCCGCUUUUCCUUCAGGGAAGCGAGGCAUGAGGUUAUGACCCAUUUUGUUUUCAACAGAGUCUUAACGAGAAUGACAGGCUGUAGGGCAUGCAUGGAGCUUCAUGGCUGAAUGGGGAUGUGAAUCCAGGUCUCCUUCAAAGGGAUGGGGAGAAAUUUGAUUCAGUUCACAUUUAAAGCCAACUUUGUCACAUUCGCACUUUCAGAAACAAUGGGGGAACCGAAACACAGCCACCCUUUGAAAUUUGCGCUUCUCCGAAUUUUGCAAUGCCGUUCUCCAACCAAAUCAUCUUUGCAAAAUGCAUUGAUGAGGAGAAAGUGUGCCCCCAAAUGAAUAUAUAUUUGAAAAUAAUAUACAAAAAUGUAAUAUAUAUAUAUAUAUAUCUUUGCAAAAAUAUGUACAUGUGUCAAAACUGCAUAAAAUGGGGUAAUUCUGCAAUAAAAUGAUAUAUAAAUAGAGAGAGAGAUAUACAAAUCGCUGCAGAAAUGUGAAGAACCAACAUUAAGAUUAGAAAAAUGAGAAACUGAGAGACCCAAAAUGACAGAUCCUUCCACCCUUGUUUCAUCCCAAUGUGACCAUGCUGGGUAUACCCAAAAUAAAGCCAACCUUGUUUAUUUUCAUGACAGUUCAUUCAAAUUGCUUAUUGUGAAAGUCACACAUUUUUCCUUUGAAUAUAUACAAUUAUUUAAAUUGUCUUACAUUCCCCCCACGAACCUUCUUGCAACAGUCCUCUAAGGUAGGCCAGGAAUUAUUAUUAACCCUUUCCCCGCUUCCCCUCAAAUACUGAUGUUGAUGGAAAGUAGCGUUCUGACAGCCAUCUAGCAAACUCAAGUUUUAAACUGGCAAAAACAACAUAGGGUAAUACCCAACGUUAGUCACACUCAAAAGCAAACCCAUUUAAAUCAGUAGACUCUGAUAACUUGUCCAUUAGUUACAGUGGGUCUACUCUACGUAUUAUAGAACCAGUCCCCAGGCAAUCUUGUGACACCUUAACAACAAACAUUUUAAUUUUGAUACAAACUUUCAAGCUAUUAUGAACCUGUUAGUUUCUAAACUGCCACGAGACUUCAUGUUAUUUUUGCUGCAGCAAUCUAUUUCACUACUGUUUUGGAAGGUCUGCGUCUAGGCGUUCCUGAUUUCACACUCACAGACAGUGCUAUCCUGUGAGUCACACGCAGGUCUGCGUAAACACCAUAUAUUUGAAACACAUGCCCCCCCUCCAAAUUCUGGGAACUCUAGUUUGUUAAGAGUGCUGGGAAUUGCAGCUCUGUGAAGGACAAGCUACACAGUUCCCAGAAUUCUUUGGAGGAGAUCGUGUGCUUUAAAAUGUGUUUGAAAUGCAUGGUAUGCACACAGCUUGGACCCAAUUAAGUUCAGGCUGAAUCCCAAAUUAAUGUGCUGUGUAUAGAAUCUCAGCAUCAGUCUCUUAGCUACUACACAGAGACUCCUCUUUGUAUCAAACCUCCCCACAGACAGAGCCUGUUCCAUUAACCAAUAAUAUAGGGCGGUAUAUAAAUUAAAAUAAUAAUAAUAAUAAUAAUAAUAAUAAUAAUAAUAAUAAUGGACUCAGCUACAUUAGUCAAAAAACAGUGAUUUGAUUGCAUUAUAAACACACAACACCAGAUGGCACCAGAGAGCACAAAACAUUUCUAUCGCUUUUUUACAUAGGUUUUCCUCCUUUUCAUUAUAACAAUUUAAUUUCUGACUUCCACCCUUGGUUGCCACCAUUUUGUUUUAUUCUAUUUUUAAAUGUCCUUUACAAGUGACACUCCUUUGCACAAACAUGAUGCUCAUAUAUAUCUUUUUAACAACAGACUGUGAGCCAGCCUCCCCUCUCUCUUCCUCAGAGGUGAUUGGUGCCUAUCCAUCUAGGCACAUAUCAUCCUCUUAAAAAGGAGAAUUUACCCUAAGAAUGGUAAAAGUGAUGAUCAGAGUGCCCUUCAAUAAAAGUUCUCAGGGUGGUGCAUGGCAGGGUCAGAAUGGGAUCACACAAGUAAUUCUUGGAUUAUAUAAGUGUUGAUAACAUUUACAUCCUACUGCCUUGUCCAAAAAGCUCAGGGCAGUAUAAUUGGCUUCUUCCCCCAUCUCACUUUCCGCGGUUAACUCACCCUUUAAAGUUGGCAAGGCAGCACAAUAUUACCGAAAGCCGAAGAGCAUAAAGGAAUUUUUCCGAAAUGCUUCUGAUAAAAAGCUUUCUGAAGGUGGCUGACAAACUAAAACAUACAAAACAUGAAUAGUAAAAUAUGUGUAAAAUACAAGUAGCUAAAAUAACAUCUGAUAGACUAUACAAAUUUAACCCCUUGAGUUGCUUGGGACCAGAGAAACUGGUUGCAACUUGAUAUUGAUUGGGGAAAGGCUAACAGGCUUCCUCCUCUCCAGAAAAAGUUGAAAGGAACCUAUUAUUAUUAUUAUUAUUAUUAUUAUGAUGCCAUUUGAAGAUGUACCAAGGAAGUUCAGAAGCAAAUAAAGUCAACAGCAAAAUACCAGGAAUAAAACCAAAACCAAAACCAGAAAAAAUAAAAACACAACUACCAAUAAAUUAAAAUAUAUAGUAAAAUAACAAUAAAGGUAAAGGUAAAGGGACCCCUGACCAUUAGGUCCAGUCGUGACUGACUCUGGGGUUGCUUCGCUCAUCUCACUUUAUUGGCUGAGGGAGCCGGCGUACAGCUUCCAGGUCAUGUGGCCAGCAUGACUAAGCCGCUUCUGGUGAACCAGAGCAGCGCACGGAAAUGCCGUUUACCUUCCCACUGGAGCGGUACCUAUUUAUCUACUUGCACUUUGAUGUGCUUUCGAACUGCUAGGUUGGCAGGAGCAGGGGCUGAGCAACAGGAGCUCACCCCGUUGCGGGGAUUCGAACUGCUGACCUUCUGAUCAGCAAGUCCUAGGCUCUGUGGUUUAACCCACAGCGCCACCCGUGUCCCUGAAACAACAAUAAAACAUCCAUAAUUAAAAUACAUAAUAAACAAGCCCAUUAAAACAGCAUAACAGUUAAGACCAUUAUGGCUGUGUUCUAUACUUAUCAGGCUAUCUAUGUUGGGUCGGAAAAUGCGACAGUAGUUGCGAGCCAGGAAGCCACUCCCUUCUUACGAGAAGCAAGUCUGCAGUGCACAGAGAACCCCUUCAGGCGCAGCUGGCCCUGUUGUUACCAAAAGGGAGGCAGCUGCCUCAGGCAGCAAAUGUGGAGGGCGGGGAGCAGGAGCGAGGGGCUGAAGGCCAGCUCUGUGGGUGCCACGUGGCCUUCGCCCGUGCCCUGUAAACUAGUCUGGCUCCGGCAUUGGGGAAAGAUUCAACAGCCAUUCUGGGCAACUGAAAUGGGUGGGGGAGUGGGGGCAGCUCUUUUGUUAUUUGACACAGGCAGCAAAAUGCAUUUCGUGAGCCGCCCACCCCUCUCUCUCUGCCAUCCACGCAAGCAAAAGGCCCUGUCAGAGUUCAAGGACACGUUGCAGCCAGGCAAAAACAGCGAAAGCAGGGCCAACAAAGAGGAGCCCCAACACUAAAAUUCAGGGACCUCCAAUGAAGCUGAACGUUGGAGGAAGUUUCAGGGCAGUACAAGAAAGUAUUUCUUCAUACAGUGCCUAGUUGAACUCGGGAACUCACCCUAGUGGUGGCCACCAACUUGGAUGACUUUAAAACAGGAUUAUGGAGUAGAAGGCUAUCGGUCAGAAGCAGUAAAGGCUCUGAAUACCAGCUCCUGGGAACCACAGGAGGAGAGCGUCUCCACCCGCAUCGUUCUGCCCGGAUGCUGAGAUCCAGCGCCGAGGGCCUUCUGGCGGUUCCCUCACUGCGAGAACCCAAGUUACAGGGGACCAGGCAGAGGGCCUUCUUGGUAGUGGCACCUGCCCUGUGGAAUGCCCUCCCACCAGAUGUCAAAGAGAAGAACAACUACCAGACUUUCUGAGGACAUCUGAAGGCAGCCCUCUUUAGAAGAAGAAGAAGAGUUGGAUUUGAUAUCCUGCCUUUCACUCCCCUUCAGGAGUCUCAAAGCGGCUAACAUUCUCCUUUCCCUUCCUCCCCCACAACAAACACUCUGUGAGGUGAGUGGGGCUGAGAGACUUCAAAGAAGUGUGCCUAGCCCAAGGUCACCCAGCAGCUGCAUGUGGAGGAGCAGAGACGCGAAUCCGGUUCACCAGAUUACGAGACUACCGUUAAACAGACCACUGUAUUUUAAUACUUUGUUGGAAACCGCCCAGAGUGGCUGGGGAGGCCCGGCCAGAUGGGUGGGGUAUAAAUAAAUAAAUUAUGAUGAUGAUGAUGAUGAUGAUGAUGAUGUUUGGGUCUUGCUUGCAGUGGCUGACCACUUUGAGAACAAGAUUUGGGACUAGAUGCGAUGUUGAGCUGAUCCAGCAAGCUCUUCUUUUGCUUUUGGGCAUGGCUGGGAGUGGUGCAUGGCCUUGGGAGAGUCCCGAGGGCCUGACAGAGGGGCUUGGAGGCCACAUGUGGUUCCCCGCCCCUGGCAGAUGGAAAGAAGGCUUGCCUUGUGAGAAGGGAUUGUUAUACCUCUGGAGUGACAGUGUUGUUUUCUUUCCCUCUAUCCUUUUCAGCAAGCGCCGCCACUGGGACAACAGGUAAGAGAUUUCAGCAGAUUGUCACGGGGUCCGGAAGGACGGCUUCGUUUUCUACGAGUGAUUCACACAUAUGGAAACAGCUAUGCAGCCAAGCGUGUGAAAAACAACAAGUGCACUUGGGCCUUCGAAACCACUGGGUUUCCCCACCCCAAACUCAACCUGUUCCCCUGGGGAAUUGGCCUUUGAGUCAAUGCUUUCGAGCUGGGAAGGUUCACCCGACUUUGCCUUUGAGCAAAGACCGAGGAGCUCUUUGUCAGGUGCCACACCAAAGCAAGACUCACUGGGUUUCCCCUCUCCCUCUAGGCACCAGCUCCUUGUUGUGAUACAGUAGUCUGAUUAAGGCAUCCGUGUUCUUAAAAUCUGGGGGAAGUACGAGGGAGGCUGCCCACCCAGAAGAGAACUCCCCUUCAUGGGCACAUGUUAGUCUAAAUGCAUCCCGUUACGUACUGUCAGAGGUUAGGGAGGGAGCCACAAUCUGACAUCUGUAUUUAUGCACGGCUAUGCAAAGGAAAUGGGACGCGGGUGGCGCUGUGGGUUAAACCACAGAGCCUAGGACUUGCCGAUUAGAAGGUCGGCAGUUCGAAUCCCCGUGACAGGGUGAGCUCCCGUUGCUCGGUCCCUGCUCCUGCCAACCUAGCAGUUCAAAAGCACGUCAAAGUGCAAGUAGAUAAAUAGGUACCGCUCUGGCGGGAAGGUAAACGGCGUUUCCGUGUGCUGCUCUGGUUCACCAGAAGCAGCUUAGUCAUGCUGGCCACAUGACCCAGAAGCUGUAUGCCGGCUCCCUCGGCCAGUAAAGCGAGAUGAGUGCUGCAACCCCAGAGUCGGCCACGACUGGACCUAAUGCUCAGGGGUCCCUUUAUCUUUACCUAGCAUUCAGAAGCUGUCUUAUACCAAAUCAAACCAUUACUCCUUCUAGUUGAGUACCGUCAACACUGACUGACAAAAGCUCCCUGUGGUUUUAGACAGGUAAUCUCCCCCAGUCCUACCUGGAGAUGGCAUGGUUUGAACCCGGGACAUUCUGCAUGCAAAGCAGAUGCUCUACCACUGAGCUAUAUGGGGUGUGUGUGUGUGUUUGUCCAGAUGAACAGUGGAUAGAUCUUCAGCAGAUGUAAAGAAGAUUUAUUUCAGCAGGUGCUAUUUUUUCCUCUGGCACUCAUACACCAAUCUUUUUGGUAUUGUUGCUUUGCUGAAAUUUCCGUUUACAUGACAGAGGACAGCUCUGACGUGAAAUUACUUGCUGCUUUCCUAAGCAUUCUUUGGGGCUGAGCAAAAAAGACCUCACCCCAAUUCUGGACCCUGUUUGCAGGUGGUGAAAUUGGGGUCGAGGCAUUUUGUUGAAUUUUGUUGUUUUUGGUGGUAGAAGGAUUCAUCAACAAUUUCUUGUGAGGGUUCACCAUUCACACCUGUGGCAGGCAGUUUAAUUUCCUUCUUGUUCUCUCGGUUUUGUUAUCCUUCCACCACAGGUUACAGCAGUGGCAACAGCAGUUUAGGGCAGUCUGGUAGCCAUUUUGCGGCCCUCCCUUCACAAUACCCUCAAGUAAUUUUGUUUGGGGGCAUUGUGUGGGAUGGGGUGUGUGUGUGGACAGCCUCCACUAUAAAAAUGGCGGAGCAAAUGUUUGACAAAAUGACCUCUUUUUACAAGGGGGCAGGGGGCUGAAGGGGGAAAAUCUAGGUGAAAAUUGCAUUAAAACUCUUCUGAAAAUGCUUGGUCUAGGUCUCCUUCCUCAUGAGGUCCACUCAUAGCCUCUGAUGCAGGCUUCCUCAACCUUGGCCCUCCAGAUGUUUUGAGACUACAAUUCCCAUCAUCCCUGACCACUGGCCCUGCAAACUAGGGAUCAUGGCAGUUGUAGGCCAAAAACAUCUGGAGGGCCAAGGUUGAGGAAACCUGCUCUGAUACCAUGUAACACAGAGAUCAUGAAUAGGGGAGGGCUAUUGUAUUCACAUUUGCGAGUGGGAAAGGGUUAUCAUGCUUUUCCAUUGAGAUUGGACUGGUCACUGUGAGAAGAGAUUGCUAGGCAAAAUGGGCUUUUGGCUUGAAUCAGAAUCAGAAUCAUGGAACUGUAGGGAAGGGACCACAAGGGUAAUCUAGUCCAACCCCCUGCAAUGCAGGAAUCUUUUGCCCAGUUUGGGUCUUGAACCCAUGACAUUGCGAUUAAGAGUCUCAUGCUCUACCAACUGAGCUGCCCAUCUAAUGAGUCCCAUCAGAUCUUAGGGCUUAUCCACACUUACUUUUUGCGCCACACUUUCCAGGCACAGCUCCGCAUUUUAAAGCUCUGUGUCUGAGCGUUCUCUCCCCCCAUUUUGGAGUCCCCACCCACAAAACCCCGCUCUUUAAAACUGAAGCACAACAAACGCCAAUUCAGGUUUUCUGCAGAUUACUGUUCGCUCCGAUUCAGCAGUAAAGAGCGGGAUUUUGCGGGGAAAGCUCUGGAGGAAAAAAAAUAAAGAGUGCUCAGACACGGAGCUUUUAAGCACAGACCAUGCCUGGAAAGCACGGAAGGAGGGUAAUUGUGCAUAAACCAGUUUCUCAAGAGGAGGGACAACUUGACGACAAAUGGGGACACAGUGCCCUCUGGUGGUGAUCUGGGGUCACUGCAUUUUGCUGCUGCCUUGACUCGAAUGGGAGAAGAGAAGCUGAUAGCGUCCAUGACCGGUUCUUUCCUCUCACAUACAGGGCAUUAUGAAGACUGCUAUCACAUCACCACAGGCAUCAUGAUUGCCAUUGUGGCCGGAGAUGUUGCUCUCACCUUGCUCUUCCUCAUCCCUGUCUAUUACUGCAUACGUCCAAAGGGCAGCAAAAACAGUGACUCUGGUAAGUGAGGCACACUCAAGCUGGUCUCCUGUGAGAAGCAAGACAGUGAAACGGUGGGAUCUGUUCUGAAGAACUGUGCCAGUUUGAAGGAAUGGCUCUUUGGAAGAAGGGGCAGAGGAAGGGGGUGUGGUGGGGCGGACCGCCCCGGGUGUCUUCGUUGAGGGGAGUGGCAUUUGGUGCACCGCCAGUGACUCCUGAGCCUACCCCAAGCCAUCGGGGGAAGGGGGAGCUGCGCCAUUUUGCUGGUGGCAUUUCCCCCUUUUCCCUUUGUUUUGACAGCUUGGGGGAUGCUUUGGAGUCGUGGGCGGGUGGUGCGCCAAAUGUCCGCCAUCGGCGGCUUGCUCUGCCCCCAUGGGUGGCUUGCUCCGCCCCUGGCUGCAGGGUGUGCGCGCCACUCCGUACACCCGAGUGGCUAUCCUGCACCUGGGUGGGCACCCUCCGCAUCCCACCCCCCUCAGGGGUAUGCCCUGCCCCCCUCAGGAGUGCACCCUGCCCCCCUUGGGAGCGCGGGCAUAUGCUCUGCCACUGUUUGGAAGGAGUGCAGAUUCAUAGCCCUUAGCGUCCCACAGGUGGUUUCUGAAGCCUGUUCUGCGGUAGAGUAAUUUUUAUUGAUUGACCUCCCACUUUUCAGCCAAGGAGUUCAAGGUUAGCAGACUUAGCACCUCCUCUUUCAUUUCCACCUCACAAUAACUCCGUGAAAUAGGUUAGGCUGAGAGAUCAUGACUACACUAAGGUCGGCCACUGAGUUCCAUGGCUAAGUGGGAAUUUAAACCUUGGUCUCCCAGGUCCUAGUCCUUUGCUCUAACCUCUAGACCAUUCUGGCUUUCAUAAAAGGUCUGAUUGAAAGUGCUAAUAAUUAACACACACUCCCCCCAAAAAGGGUAGGAUAGAACCAGGGCAGAAGUUAUUCUCAUUUUUUCUUUUAUUCAUACGUUUCAAGUUUAUACAUUUCACUAAUUUUACAAUCACUUUGACAUUUCAAAGCUUGACUUCCUUCCCCCUUUUUCUGUGGUUCCUUAAAUUUGUUUUUAAUAUCUUCUGCAUAUCCAAAUUAACUUAAUUUACUCAUUUAUUUGUCUUCUUUAAAUAUAUACUCUUAUAAAACUGCAGGUUAUUACAACAAUCCUGUCCAUGUUUUUAUCUGUUUAUAAUUUACCUGUAAAUAUUCAACAAACCAUUUCCAUUCUUUUGUUAUUUUUUAUCUUGAUUUCUUAUUCUUCCAGUAAGUUUUGCCAUUUCUGCAUAUUCCAUAAGUUUUUGUAUCCAUUCUUCCUUUGCUGGGACUUCUGCUUCUUUCCAUUUUGGGGCAAGUAACAUUCUUGCCGCUAUAGUAGCAUACAUGAAUAGGUUUCUAUACAUUUUAGGUACUUCUGUCCCUAAAAUUCCCAAAAGAAAAGCUUCUGGGUUGUUGUUAUUAUUAUUAUUAUUAUUUACAAAGUUUACAGUGGUGCCUCGCAAGACGAAAUUAAUUCGUUCCGCGAGUUUUUUCGUCUAGCGAAUUUUUCGUCUUGCGAAGCACGAAAUCCCAUAGGAAUGCAUUGAAAUUCAAUUAAUGCGUUCCUAUGGUCAAAAAGUCCAAACAAAGCCAAAUUUGGUACAACAAGAGUUUAUUAAGUGCUCUUUAAAGUCACACAUACUGUAAAGAGCAUUUCAAAAAUUGAAGGAACAAUAAAUUAAGUUUCUAAACAUGACAGAAAAACAUUUAAAAAUCAACAAAGUGUACAGUACAUUUUCUAAGACUCUGGGGGACAACUCGAAGAAGGUUCCUCUUCCACUCUUUGCUUCUUGCUGAAAGUGCCCCUCCUCAACUGUUCCCCCAGCCACCCACCACACAGAAAUUCAAAUCCAGAAAUUUUUUUAAAAAACAGCAGAGUGGCCCAAUGGUCACAGAAAAUCAUAAAAAUGCAGGAAAAAAACACACAAGCUUCCAGAUUCUUGCAAACCCCUCCCCAACACCAAGUCCUUGAAUUCCAAACACCCCAACCCAAAAUCCAAAAACCCCCCAAAAAGUUUUAAAAGUUUAACUUACCAAAUGGCUGCAAAAGAAGUUUUGGAAAAGUUUUAAAAAUCACCAAAGUCUUCAAAAGCUUCAAAAAAGGCUACCACACCGCGUUCUAUGAGUUGCUCCUCGAAGUCAAGUCACAACUGUAUUAACGGUGUUAAGAAAAGGAAACAAACUUGCAAGACGUUUUCGUUUUUCGUCUUGCGAAGCAAGCCCAUAGGGAAAUUCGUCUUGCGAAGCAGCUCAAAAAACGCAAAACCCUUUCGUCUAGCGAGUUUUUUGUCUUGCGAGGCAUUCGUCUUGCGGGGCACCACUGUAUUUUAAACACCCUUUUCAUUUCAUUAUAUAUCAUUUCCCAGUAAGCUCCAGGGCAGAAGUUAUGAGAGAUGCAGGGCCGCCACUGAAAGCUGUGACCCUGUGCUCUCCCUGGUAAGGCCUAGAGGGGCUAGCCUAGGACAAUUUGUUGCCUGAGGCAAAAGAAAAAAUGGUGCCCCUGCUUCUGUAUACAGAAGCCCUACGAGAUCUUGCCAGAACCCAGAAGCUGUGGCUGUGCGACCCUGGUUAGCAAGGCUUGGGUGAGGGUGGCAAUGAUGGCGGGUGGCAUGUGUAGGGCAGCACCCUUCUAUUUUGCCUCAGGUGGCGAAAUGGAAUGCUUUGCAGCCUCUCUGCUGCUUCCUGAAUAGGCAUGGGACGAUGCCGCACAAGACAGAGGUGGGUUCCCUGGUGAGAGUGCAGGAUCCAUUGGCUUACCUGGAAAGGUUUACCUCCCCAGGUAAGCAGCAGCAGUGCCGUUGUAGGGAGGGUAGCUCCUUUUUUAAUAUAACAUUUUAUUAAUUUCCCAAAAACAACAAAGAUAAAACAAUAACAAUAUCAUAUUGAAACAAAGCAAAACAAAUUGACUUCCCCCAGUCCAUUCCUUGGUUCCAUUGUUUAUCAACAUACUGCAUGUCCAUUGUAAAGUUAUAAACCAUUGAAUUACUUAUUGUCCAUUCAAAAUUAAAUUACAAGUAGUCUUAAAACCCUGCUAAUGUAUUAACCUGAGUACAUUGCUUCUGAAUAUAUGCAACAAACUCCUUCUCUUCUUCCUUAAAUUCGUUAUCGUUUCUUCCUCUGAGUUUCAUUGUCAAUUUUGCCAUUUCAGCAUAUUCCAUUAAUUUAACUUGCCAAUCUUCUUUAACUGGGACACCUUCUUCUUUCCAAUGUUGUGCUAAUAAUAUUCAUGCGGCCGUAGUUGCAUACAUAAAUAGAUACUUUAGUGGUCUUGGUCAAUCCACUCCUGUAAUACCUAGUAGGAAAGCUUCUGGUGUUUUUUUAACAAGGUUAUUUUAAACAUCUUGUUCAUUUCAUUAUAAAUCAUUUCCCAAUAUUUCUUCACAAUUUUGCAAUCCCACCACAUAUGAAAAAAUGCCCCUUCUGUUGUUUACAUUUCCAACACUUACUUUCUUUGGUUUUGUACAUUUUUACUAAUUUGACUGGAGUUAGAUACCAUCUAUACAUCAUUUUCAGGGAGGGUAGCUCCUUGGCUGUGCCCGCUACGCAAACCAUUGCUGGUGUCAACCCUCUGUGCAAACUUAGCCCCCAUAUCCAACCUAAUUGUGAAUCUUUCCAUCUUUCUCCAGGAGAAAUGCACAGUUAUGUGAACGUGAUUGGAAUGAAUAAAUGACACUCCUUCCCAUUUGGAUCUCACCACAAGUAUCCAGCAGACAUGACCAAAAUCAGCACCUCUACAAUACAUUUGCUAGCAGGGGAGAGGUCCUCUUUGUGUUGGGUGGGCUGAAACCUGACAUUUUGGGUGUGCGAGGGCUUUGGUGUUGUGUCUCUUAAUGGGCAGAAUUUAGCUCCAUCUGUUGAUGUGCAUUUUAUUGUGAAUUCCCACUGAUACAGUAAUUUUUUGUGUAUUUUUUAUCACUAGCAAAAGCCUUUUUAUCCAAGCUUUAUAUGUGUUUUUGUACAUACUGAGCUGUCUUCAACUAAACAUUGCUCAGAAGAGACCUGUUAAAAUUAAUAGGCCUAAGUUAGUCAUGGCCAUUAAUUUCAGUUGGCCCUCUUUAAGUAAAAGUUAGUUGAAAACAACCCAUAAUGUGGCUGGAGCUUUGUAUUGCAAAGAAGUGUGAAUUUUGAAGAAUGGCUGUAUGUCAGUUUGUGUAUUGUAUCAUAAAGCGCAAAUUAGAAUAAUUGAAUCAUAGAACUGUAGAGUUGGAAGGGACCACAAGGAUCCUUUAGUCCAAACCCCUGAAAUGCAGGAAUCUUUAGCCCAAUGUGGGGCUUGAACGCACAACCCUGAGAUUAAGAGUCUCAUGCUCUACCACUGUAUUUACUGGCACUGACAUAAUGGAACAUAAUGGGACAUAAUUUCUAGCAUAAACAUGUUCUAAAAUUC